AUGCAUAAAAUUAUUGAACUAAUUUUGAACACUGGUUUAUUGUUGAUAUUUUUACAAGUUAUUUGGAGCAUUUUCAUAACUAUUAUUUAUCAUUUUUCAAUACCAUGGAUUUUUUGGAUUUCUCUUCUUGUCACAUUUGGGCUAAAAAUAGUCAGGAUUCCACCACCAAAGGAAAGCAUUGUGCAAGAAGUGCUAGGUGUAGAUCCUCUUUUACUGAAAAAUAAUACCAUAGGCAAAGAUCAUGGUAAUGGAGAACAAUAUUGCAUGCGAGUGGUGGCUCAUCGUGGUGGAGGAUAUGAUUUUCCUGAGAACAGCUUAACAGCUUUUCGUAAUUGCAAAGAUAAAGGAUGUACUGCAAUUGAAUUUGAUGUAUGGCUUACAAAAGAUAAUGUACCUAUAAUAUUUCAUGAUUCAACAAUUGAUAGAGUUACUGGAAAACAUGGAAUUGUUAAGAAAAUGACAUGGGAUGAAUUAAAAGACUUAGAUAUUUCUUAUAAUCAUCCACUUAAAGAUAAAUUUGAUAAAAAUUUAAUUGAAAAAAUUCCAUUGCUUCAUGAAGGUAUAGAAAUGUGUUUAUUAAAUGAACAAAGAAUAAUUUUUGAUCUAAAAGCAUUUGACCUAAACAUGGAAAUUGUGCAUAUAAUUGUAGAAAUGUAUAACAAAUAUCCUAAAUUAUUUCAAAGAGCACUUGUAUCCAGUUUUAAUCCUUUGGUUGUAUAUAUGAUUAGAAGAAAGGAACCUCGAAUUGUAGGAGGUCUUGCAUGGAGACCUUACUAUUAUUCAAGAGUAUCUUAUUCAGGUGUAGAGGGUCCAGGUCCAGCAAGAUAUCAUAACAAUUUAUUUCAACAUCUGAUGUAUUGUUUAAUAGAUUUUAUUUAUGAAUGGAUGUUUUCCCGUUUUAUGUAUUAUGUUGUGGGUGUAUCUACUGUGUUGUUGCAUAAAGAUAUAAUAAAUCAGCGUGUUAUACAUGAUUGGACUAAUCGUGAUGUUCGUGUAAUCGCAUGGACAGUAAACUUACCAUCAGAGAAAUCACAUUUCGCACGAUUAUUUAAACUUACUUAUUUAACGGAUACAUUUGUUGGUUGAAAAAAAUAUAUAACAUAAUACUACAUAUAUGUUCUAUGUAUUUUAAAAAUGAACAUAUUUUAUACUAUAUUUAUACUAUAUAAUAAAUGAUGAUCUAGUCCAUUCAUUAAAAUGAUGAAUCAUAUGUAUCUUUUUAAUAAAAAUUCAAUGCUUACUUUAAUUAAUAAAUAAAAAUAAAACAAUAUAUUAAUCUUA